AUGCGCCAUCUUUCAUGCGGCACGUAACAACAUAGGUGCUUCCGGAGUAGUUGAAUUCUGGGAAGAUGGUAGCUUCCAUAUUUACAGGAUUGUAGACCCGGCAUAGCACGUUAUAUCCAUCUUUUAUCACCUUCCCAAUAUGAAGGUAUUUUGUGGUCGAGUUAAUCCUACAACCGGGGCUAUGGACUGGGUAGAGGAAGAUGAACAUUAUGAUUACCACCAAGAAAUUGCACGAUCAUCAUAUGCUGACAUGUUACAUGACAAAGACAGGAAUGAGAAGUAUUACCAGGGAAUUUGUGCAGCAGUGAAACGAGUAAAGAAAAGAGGUCAAGAAGCUGUGGUUCUGGAUAUUGGCACAGGCACCGGACUUCUGUCUAUGAUGGCUGUCACUGCGGGUGCUGAUUUCUGCUAUGCCAUUGAGGUAUUCAAGCCAAUGUCAGAUGCAGCAGUGCGAAUUGUGAAGGCUAAUGGCUUCAGUGAUAAGAUCAAGGUCAUCAACAAACAUUCAACAGAGGUCACAGUGGGACUUGAUGGAGAUAUGAAGAGCAAGGCCAAUAUCCUGAUCACAGAACUGUUUGACACAGAACUAAUUGGGGAAGGUGCCUUGCCAAGUUAUGAGCAUGCUCAGCGCAACUUAAUGCAGGAUACAUGGGAGGCUGUUCCUCACUGUGCCACUGUUUAUGCCCAACUUGUAGAGUCUCACAGGUUGUGGAGCUGGAACAAACUUUUUCCUUUAAACCUGGAAACUGGAGACAUUAGGCCACACCCUGAAUUGGAGUCCUGCCCUGGAGCCCCGUCGGUGUGUGAUGUACAGCUAAGUCAGCUGAGUCCCAAGGAUUUUAAAAUCCUCAGUGAAGUUCUCUGUGUCUUUCGGGUGAAUUUUAGUCAGCAGGUUAGCAGUUCACCAACUUCUCAUCCUGUUCACUUCAAAUGCUUGGCCAGGGGAGCAGCCCAGGUUGUCCUGUCUUGGUGGGAGAUUGACAUGGAUCCAGAUGGAUCAAUAACCUGCACCAUGCAGCCAAGUUGGAUGUAUCUGGCUCAGCAGCCUGUCCCUUGGAGGGAUCACUGGAUGCAAUGUGUAUAUUUCUUGCCAAAGGAGAGUCUGGUAACACAGGGUGAGAUGUGGUGCCUUACUGCUAAUCAGGAUGAUUACUGCGUGUGGUACAGCCUAACCAAGUCCAGCACACAGCAGAACAUUCUAAUGUGCAGAGAGCGUCCUGCAUGUCAUUGUGGAGCACAUAUCACUUGGAAUCGAGCACGUUUUGGAGAACUGAAUGACCGUAAUAGAACUAAGCUGUACUUAGAAGCCCUGAAAAAGGUUGCGACUCCUAGCAGUACGUGUUUGUUUGUGAGUGAUGGAAGUUUGCUUCCAGUCCUGGCGCACUCUCUUGGUGCAAGACAGAUAUACACUUUGGAGUCUUCUUCCAUAUCUCAGCAUCUUAUGGAAAAGCUCUUUCAAGUCAACCAUCUUGGAGAGAAGAUCCAAGUCCUACAGAAAUCUGCAGACAGUCUGACACCAGCUGACUUUCAGGACAUGAAGAUUAGUGCUCUGAUUGGGGAGCCUUUCUUUACCACCAGCCUUCUGCCAUGGCACAACCUGUACUUCUGGUAUUCUCGGACAGCCCUGUCUAAAAACCUAGCCAAGGAUUGCGCUGUGCUACCAUACUCUGCCUCCUUGCAUGUUGUGGCUGUGGAAUUUAAGGAUCUCUGGAGGAUCAGAAGUCCUUGUGGUAUCUGUGAGGGAUUCGAUGUCAGCAUCAUGGAUGAAAUGAUAAAGAACUCUUUAAAUUUCAGGGAAUCCCAUGAUGCAGAGCCACAUCCACUUUGGGAAUACCCUUGCAGAGCCCUCUCUGAGCCAACAAAGGUUAUGACCUUUAAUUUUACAGAACUUGUCCCCACUGAGGAAAUCAAUUCAUCUGGUUCUUUAAACCUGGUGAGGUCUGGACAGUGCCAUGGUGCAGUACUGUGGAUGGUGUAUGAGCUCACGAAGGAGAUAUCAAUUAGUACUGGGCUGACUGGAGUGUCAGAGGACACGGGAGAGUGUCAGUGGUAUCCUCACAGAAAACAAGGGGUCUAUUUCUUCAGUUCAAUCCUGAACCCUCAAACUGCACCAACACAGUCUCUUAGCUCCAUUUCCUACUCACUGACUUUUGUUCCAAAAGAAGGGGAUAUCCGUAUGUGCUUUGAGUCUUAGCGGCAACCCCCUCAAUAUUUGAUGAUAUUUAUUUGUCAUUAAAUUGUGCAAUUCACUCUAGUUCACUGAAUCCAAAGAUUUGUCUGGUAUGCCUGCUACCACAGGAUGGAACUUAGAUAAUUAAGGAGGAAUCAGUCACUCCCAAAAGCCACACAUCACUGCUUAAUAUGGUAUAUGGCCAAAUAUGCAGCACUCUAACACAAAGGGAUCACUGGCUUAAUGCAUAUUACUCCAAGCAGUUACCUGUUUCCUCCAUCCUGACACUUUUUGCUUUCUUCCUCCUUUUCUGCUCAGAUUUUAUUCAUUUGUGCCAAGUCUAACUGCACCGCUAUUUUUUUUGUGUUCCAAUAUAUGCUAGCAAAAGUCAGUCAAAUCGGCAGUUAUGAUGAAUAUGCAUAUGUCUAGUUACCAAGAAGAAUGUGAAGAGACCAUACAGAGAUGCUUUUUCUCUACAACAUGUAUUUCUUAUUAUCAAAUUGUUCUUGUAUUAGUAGAAAUGCUGUUUUUUUGUUUGUUUGCUUUUUAAAUAAACUAUUUUAAUUCA